AUGUCAAGCAAGAGACAAAACUAAAAAGAGAAAUAAAGGAUUAUGCCAACAAUAUAAGAGCAUAAUGAUCUGGUAGCUGAAAUUCCUAAAAUGCCUACUGGUGAAGUUGGGGAGAAUCAGAAACAAUUUCACAAUGAUUUCUAGAGGGAGCCUAAUGAGUAUUAAAAUUAAGAAAAAGAACUCAACUACGAUUAAUUUGAACAAUUUGCAUAAAAUAUGAGCAACAAUACGAUCGAUAGCAAUUAUCCACAAAAAUUGAUAGAUUUUAUUCAUUAAUAAGAUUGUAAAAAGAUGUAAAAGUAGAGUGUUUAAUCGAAACAAACAAAUGAUUAUCAAUAAUUGCAGGAGAUCCCAAAUCCAAAUUAAUUAGAUAGGAGAAACCAGCAAAAGCAAUCUAAAGAGAUCAAACCGUAAAGUACAUUAAAUGAGGAGAUCAAGAUUUUUGAAGAAAGAAUUGUGAAAUACACAUCUGAAGUCAACCAAGAAAUAAAGUUGAGUCCUAGGCUUUCAGAAGAAUGGAAGAAGAAGUUUACGUUCAUGAAAAAAAAGAAAUGA